AUGACGAAUACGAAAUGGUGGUACUUCGAUGUUUUAUCAGGAACAUGGAAAGAGUACGUAGAUAAUGAAAACGAAAAGGAAGACAAGAAUAAAAGCAGCAACGUGAGCAGCGGCAUACGAAGCAACACAUACAGCAACGCACGCAGCAACACAUACAGCAACGCACGCAGCAACACAUACAGAAACACAUACAGAAACACAUACAGAAACAAAAACAAUAACAGAAUUAAUGAAAAUAAUGAAAAUAAUAAAAAUAAUGAAAAUAAUAAAAAUAAUGAAAAUAAUAAAAAUAAUGAAAAUAAUAAAAAUAAUGAAAAUAAUAAAAAUAAUGAAAAUAAUAAAAAUAAUGAAAAUAAUGAAAAUAAUGAAAAUAAUGAAAAUUUCGAAACGACAGAUACACAUAUCACAAAGAAUGGUGUAGAGGAAUUCGCCGAUUCAGUGCAUGCUGAAUAUGAAAAUGAUGACACAAAUGGAAACAAAAAUGGACAGAAAAAUGAAGAUAAAUGUGAAAAGGAGAAUACUUACAAAUAUGAUCGUUAUGAUGAUGUAAACAAUUGGAAUAAGCUAAAUAAUAAUAGCUUACCUCAAAAAAUAAUGAACAGUAAUAACAAUUACGCAAAAAAAUUAAAAAAAUUUUCAACUGCUUUUGAUUAUACAGUAAGUUCAACAAAGAAGAACUUAAGAGGAGAUUUUAAAAAUUCUAAUAUUAAAGGUAAUAAUAACAAGUUAUAUUAUUUUAGAAAUGACAUAAAAUAUUAUAAAAAUCAAAAUAACAUACUAGCCGAUGAAAUGUCAAACAGUUUUUAUGAACAUAACGAGGAAGAUCGGUUAGAAAAUUAUGACUUAGAAAAUAGCUACUUAAAUGAUCAUGGCUAUUAUGCCGAUAAGGAAGGUGAAAGAUGUGUGAGGGAUGACGACUAUGGUGCAUAUCAGGACCCUAACGAUUAUAAACAUUACGAUGAUAAUAAUGAUGCAAAUGACUGCGACGAUAAUAAUUUAUAUUACAAUGAGUAUAGUAAUUUAUAUUACGAUGAGAACAAUGGGGUGUAUUACGACGAGAAUGGCAUAUACUACGAUGAUAAUGGUAUGGUAUAUGAUGAUAACGGUAUGGUAUAUGAUGAUAAUGGUAUGGUAUAUGAUGAUAACGGUAUGGUAUAUGAUGAUAACGGUAUGGUAUAUGAUGAUAACGGUAUGGUAUAUGAUGAAAAAGGUAUGGUACACGAUGAAAACACCAAGCAUUACUAUGAAAACAAGUUUGAUGAUAUUUACAAUAAUGAUGACACACAAGGUAUAAUGCAGUAUGACAAGUAUAAAAAUUAUACCAAUGAUUAUUACUAUAAUUAUGAGAAAACAGAUGUAGUAGGGGAGGGCAAAAGAAGCAUAAGAAGUAACAGAAGUGAAAGAAGUGAAAGAAGUGAAAGGAGCAAAAGAAGCGAAAGAAGCGAAAGAAGCGAAAGAAACGAAAGAAGCGAAAGAAGCGAAAGAAACGAAAGACGCGAAAGAAGCGAAAGAAGAGAAAGAAGCGAAAGAAGCGAAAGAAGCGAAAGAAGCGAAAGAAGCGAAAGGAGCAAAAGAAGCGAAAGGAGCAAAAGAAGCGAAAGAAAUGAUAGGGGUCAAAAUUGUGGUAGUAAAAAAGCAUAUGUGAAGGAUGACCCCCCGGGUAAGGAAGGUGCAACUGAGGAAGAAGAAAAAAUGAUGGAACAGAUGGAAAAAAAGAAUUCUUUUAACUCAAUUAGUUCAUAUUGUUCACAAGGUUCAAAUAAGCUAAGUGAAAAAAUUAAUAGCUUGUUAAACCAGUCUACUAGCAGCAUGUCAUUUUCUAAAAAAGAUAGUUCUACGUUGUUAGAAAAUUUGUUAAGUCGUAGUUUCACAAGAUCUGAUCAUAUAAAUUCAAUUAACACAAUAGAAAGAGGGAGCGAUGAUGGAAAGGAAGAAAAUAAAGAAAAUAAUGAAAUAAUGAAGAAGAAGACAAAAGUAAAUUUUGACGAUAUAUAUAGAAUUGAAUAUACACAUAAGAAUAAUGAAAAAGAAGAAAAAGGAAAAUGCAUAGAAGAAAAUAAUAACGAAUCUGCAGAAAAUGAUAACGAAACGAAUUACGUACCUUUUGUGAGAAGAGCCACAAGAACACUUACUUUUAAAGGCCAAGGUGGCUUAGCUGGAUGCUUAAAAGUAUUUCAAGAAAAAAAAAAAGAAUUAAUGUCUUCAACAACUAAUGGUGUAAAUGAUAUAGAUAUUAAAAUUGCAAAUCUUAAAAGAAGAGCAAGAGAAUUAGCCAAAAGAUAUAAAUCAAAAAAUACCGCAACUUUAGGAAAUCAUAAAAACGAUCAAGUCAAAUUAAAAUUCGAAGAUAUUAUUUUUCAAGUGCAACAACAACAACAACAACAACAAAAAAAAAAAAAAAAAGAUUUACAAAAAAAGGAAAAUAAUCAAAAGAAAUAA